CACUGGGUGGUCACACUCCUCUUGUGCCAAGUUGGCCAGCGCAUUUAACCCGCUCGUUCUCUCGUUCUCUCGACGACCUCUACUGCCCUUUUUUGACGAGCGCUCCAGACCGCCAAACAUGGACUUUUUGGCCACCGUGGGUGGAGUGGCUGCCCUUGGCGCCGCUGCCCACAAAUACGAGCUGGUGGAGAUCCCCCAACUCGAACACGCCUGGAAGGUGGCCGCUGUGGCCGGCGUCGCUGCCGUCGGUGCUGCCCUUCAGACCGCAGCCGAGUUCAAUCCCCUCGCCCGCAGCAUGCAGCUUCUCAGUACCUUCCAAUCCAUUGAGAGCUCAACCCAGGCGGACGUCAGCUCCUCCAUCGACGCCUACAACAGCCUGUACGACGAGACCAAGACAGAUGAUGAGCGCAACCAAGCCUACUCCUCUCUCGUCGACUCUUACUACAACCUCGUCACGCUGUUUUAUGAGUGGGGCUGGGGCUCUUCCUUCCACUUUGCCUACCGCAUGUUGGGCGAGUCCUUCUCAGAGAGCAUCCGUCGCCACGAGUACUACCUCAUGUCCUUCCUGGGCGCUGGCAAGGGUGACCGCGUCCUCGACGUGGGCUGUGGUAUUGGUGGUCCCCUGACCAACAUUGCCCGCUUUGAGGGCCCCGAAGUCGACCUCACUGGCAUUACCAUCAACCAGCAUCAAGUCUCCCGUGGCAACACCCGCUGCAAGCAGCUUGGUCUGAGCCACCGGUGCCGCCUCGUCCGCGGUGACUUUACGCAAAUGCCCUUCAAGGAUGCCGUCUUUGAUGGCGCUUACUCGAUCGAGGCAACUUGCCACGCUCCUGAUCGCCGCACCGUGUUCUCCGAAGUCUACCGCACCCUCAAGCCCGGCUCGUAUUUUGCCAGCUACGAGUGGGUCAUCACUGAGAACCACGACCCCAACAACGCCAAGGAUGUGGACAUGCUGCACAAGGUCAUGCAGGGUGAUGGUCUGCCCAGCCUCAACACCAUCGAGGAGGUGAAGGAAGCCAUGCGUGAUGUUGGUUUUGAGGUUGUGAUGGAUCGUGACAUGGCCAAGGACCCGGAACAGGUGGUGCCUUGGUACCAGCCCCUGCAAAGCACUUGGAACCCCCUGUCUUUCCGCUUCCAGUUCAACUGGCUCGGCCGCACUGUCAUGAGCAACCUGCUGCGAGUGCUUGAGCUGUUCUGGCUGGCACCGGCAGGCACAGCUCGCGUUCAGGACAUGUUGCAGCUUGCUGCUCAGGGCCUGGUAUAUUGCGGUGAACGCCAAACGUUUACCGUCAUGCACAUUCUUGUUGGCCGCAAGCCUCUGGAUGCCUAAAUGCCUGUUGUUCCCGGGGAUCAACCAAGAUUGGUAUCUUCCCAUGUCCGACUUGUUCGCGUCCUCUUUUUUUUUUUUCUUUUCUUUUUCUUGGUUUCGUCUUGCCUUGGCUGUUCGUACAUAAUCAUCAUUCAUUCAUUCCACAUGUCAAUUGAAGCAUCAUCAGGG